CGCCUUUCUAUUCCUCACAUGGUUCAUGUUUUGGUGAGAAAACAUGGCAGCGCUCACGAAUGAAGUUCAGAUUGUUCCUGCCAAAAAGCCUACAGUCCGUGGACCUCGGCGGGUAGCCAAUCAAAUUCCAGAUGAAAUCCUGCAGGAUGCUGAGUUACAGGAGGCGAUCAAAGCCUUGCCUGCAAAUUACAACUUUGAGAUCCACAAGACGGUUUGGCGAGUGAGACAAGCAAAAUCUACCAGAGUUGCUCUGCAGCUUCCAGAGGGCCUGCAGAUGUUUGCGUGUGCCAUCGCUGACAUCAUCGAGAGGUUUACGGAGGCAGAUACCAUCGUGAUGGGGGACGUCACAUACGGGGCCUGCUGUGUGGACGACUUCACCGCCAGAGCGCUGGGAGCCGAUUUCAUGGUGCACUACGGCCACAGUUGUCUAAUCCCCAUAGACUCCACAGCAGGUAUUAAGAUGCUGUAUGUGUUUGUGGAUAUCCAGAUGGACAAUGCGCACUUCAUGGACACGGUCAAGUUCAACUUCCCUCCCGGAAAAUCUCUGGCACUCGUCAGCACUAUUCAGUUUGUGGCAACACUGCAGGCUGUGAGUGCAGCCCUCAAACCAGAGUAUGAUGUGCUGGUCCCACAGUGUCGACCUCUGUCACCGGGAGAAAUUCUGGGCUGUACCUCCCCUCGCUUGGACCGUCAAGUCAAUGCCAUAAUUUAUCUGGGCGAUGGAAGAUUUCACCUGGAGUCAAUUAUGAUCGCCAACCCAGAAAUCCCUGCCUACAGAUAUGACCCCUACAGUAAAGUAUUUUCCAGGGAGUACUAUGACCACGAAGCCAUGCGUGCCUUAAGGCUCCAGGCUAUUGAUAAGGCUCGAUCGGCCCAGAGAUGGGGCUUGAUCAUGGGCACGCUGGGGCGGCAGGGCAGCCCUAAAGUCAUGGAGCAUCUGGAGUCAAAGCUCGUCUUGGGAAGCCUUCAACUCGAGUUGCUCCUGUCUGAGAUUUUCCCGGGAAAGCUGGAUCUGAUGCAAGAUAUAGAUGCGUGGAUCCAGAUCGCUUGUCCGCGCCUUUCUAUCGACUGGGGCUCGGCCUUCUCCAAGCCCCUGCUGUCUCCAUACGAGGCAGCUGUGGCUCUACAGGAGGCUUCCUGGAAAGAAGUCUACCCCAUGGAUUUCUACUCCAAUCAGAGCCAGGGCCCGUGGACGCCCAACCACCCGAACAACCAACCUGUGCGGCCCCCGCGCAGACAGACUCAGAAACAAGCCUUGGAGCCAGUCCUUUCUACAGAGCAGUGUAAGCAGGGCCAGUGCGCCCCGUGUGGCUGUCAAGGGGAAUGAGCUCGGCCUUUGACUGGUUUCGUGCCUGUCGGCGCCUCUGCUCAUGGCUGGAGGGAGGUCAAAUCAGAAGAGGAGAGUGGGUAUUUGUCCAGACAGACUAUCAGCAAGCAGAGCCAGAGAAGCCCUCAGCCACUCCUCGAAUGGAUUACCAGCCAUAAAUAAUCCCUCAUUUUACAGCACAGCAGACCAAACCAAAUUCAUUGCUCUUAUUCACGUUUUCUGCACGUGUUUCGAGCUCAACACAAGUGACACAGAGAACUGCUUGUUUGUUUGAGGCCAGGCUCCUUCAUGUGAGUCACAUUCUCAUGAAGGAGCUGCUCUCUGCUGUGCCAAAGAAAGUGCUUUUCUUCCUGCACAAUCAGGGGAAAUAUGUGGGCCUUUCUGUAAUUGUCAGAGAGAGAGCGCGCAAGAUGACCUUGAGUUUCUUAUAUGGAAUCACAGCGUUAAUGUGGGAGGGUUUAGUCAAAUGCUAUUCACAUGUCCUUGUAUAAAGCACAGUAUAUAUCAGACACUUCAAAGUUUCCCUUAACGCUAUGCUUCAAAGAUAGUCAUAGACAUAUUGUAUGAAGCACUUUAUUUGAUGUACAAAAUGUGACUUUUCACUAUAUUUAAUGUGUGUAGGAAAGUGUGAUGGCAUGACCUUGUUUCCCUGUCCUGCUUUUUCAAACUCUGAAACAAUAAAUCUGAAAUGUAA